AUGUCUCCACCUUCAUUACAUGGAUUAUUCACAGCGUCUCUUCCUGCUCAUUGUGAGCCCUCAUCGCCCUUCCUGACCGCUAUCUCCUCCCAUCUCCACAUCUGUCUCCCCACAUCGCUCGCGCUGAUCUCGACCGUGCUCGGCAAUUUGAGUUUCGUCUCAUGGCUCUUCGCCCAGCUACCACAAAUCUAUAAGAAUUAUCAGCUACAAUCGACAUCCGGACUGUCCAUUUUCUUCCUUAUCAUCUGGUGCGGCGGAGAUGUGAGCAAUCUCAUAGGUGCUUUGUUCACUCGACAAGCAGGAUGGCAGGUGAUGGUGGCUUGCUAUUACGUCUUUGUCGAUGUGACCUUGGUUGUGCAAUUUGUUUGGUAUACACAUUAUAAAUACCGAGGUUAUGUGGACCUAAGCCACUCGUGUCAUCAUCAUCACCACGAGGACUCCGAAAGCAGGGGUGAAUUCCUGCAAGGCGUUCCGUUAUCGGGCGACAGUGAGACCCACCAGCAGCCAGGCCCCGUCGAUAUGACAGUUAAGAAAUCCGACGUUCAUGAUAUGGGCGUCCAGACAGGCUCAACCCUGAACUCAACAGCUGGGCGCGGUCUGUCUUACACAAAUGAGAAAAAGAAUUCCUCUCGUCGACCUGUGCGCCUCGGUAGCAGUGCUACCAGUCCGCCUUUUGCGCUUCCCCGUACAAUGCUCAUCGCAUCCUUGCUUUGCGCGGUUCUAGCAAAUGCCGCCCCAACCGAACCCAAUCCUGCACCUCACCCACCUAUUUUCCAGGCACCAACUGAGACGAUUGUUGAGGUUGUUGGUCGUAUCUUCUCCUGGAUGUCCACGAUUCUCUACCUCGGAUCGCGUCCACCACAACUAUACAAGAACUAUGUCCGUAAGAGCACAGAAGGCCUGUCACCAUUACUCUUCAUGGCGGCUUUCUGUGGAAACUUCUUCUACUCAGCUUCAUUGUUGACAAACCCAAACGCCUGGUUCGAUUUCUCACCCUAUGGUGGUGGUGGCUGGGCUGAUUCGCACGGAAAUGACCGCUGGGAAUGGAUCGGACGAUCAUUGCCAUUCUUCCUUGGUGCCUUUGGUGUUCUGGGAUUAGAUGGGUUUAUGGGUGUGCAGUUCCUCAUGUAUGGAUCGCAGGACGAUGACAAUGAGAGCUUCACAGGCUCAGAUGUGGAGGACCCAAAGCGUGGUCGCAGUCGUUGGAGACGCGUGCGUGGCUGGAUGCGUGGUUGGAUUCCUUCUACCUCGCCGCCUCCCUGUGAGCGCGAACAUUCGAGGCCGCAGGAAGGUCAGGCUCUUCUUGGUUCUGAGCAAGGGCGAUAUGGGACUGUUUAG